AUGAUCGAGGGCUUCGCCGCCGGCGGGGGCUGCGAGAUGGCCGUGGCCACCGACCUGCGCAUCGCCGCCGAGGGCAGCCGAAUGGGCAUCCCCGUCGCCCGCCUCGGCAUCACCAUCGGCCACCGCGAGAUGCGCGGGCUGGUCGACUUGGUGGGCAAGGGCAACGCCCUCUACAUCCUGCUUUCAGGCCGCCUGCUGGACGCCCACGAGGCCCUGCGCAUCGGACUCGUCAACCAGGUGGUGCCGCCCGAGGACCUGCACGACGCCACCUACAGGCUGGCCAAUGAGAUCGCAGCCCUCGCGCCCCUGUCCCAUGCCGUCAACAAGCUCACGCUGCGGCAGGUGCAGGCCAAGCCCAGGCUCGCAGACCUUAGCGACGAGGAGAACGCGCUCCCCUGA